AUGUCAACUGAUCAUGUUGUCAAAAAAACUGGUUGGCUUGUUAAAGAAGGGGGAAAAUGGAAGAGUUGGAAAAGAAGAUUUUUUGUGUUUGACCAAACAACAUUAUCUUAUUAUAAAGAUCAAUUGUUAUUUUCUAAAAUGGGUGAAAUUCCUCUUGAAUUAGCAACAUGUAUUGAACCAGUGAGAAGAUAUAAAAAACAUAAUUAUGUAUUUAAAAUUGUUACUCCGUCUAGAACAUAUUAUAUUAAUUGUGCUGAUGAAAAAGAUAUGAAUGAUUGGAUUAGUUGUUUAAAAGAGAUAUCGGAUAGGGUUAAUGUAUCAUUGGAUAAAUCUGAAGAUAAGUAUGUCAGUUCAGAUGAUUUUGAUAUCAUCUCACUUAUUGGAAAAGGAGCGUUUGGUAAAGUUUAUUUAGUCAAAAACAAAGAAACACAAACACUAUUUGCGAUGAAAGUUAUUCCAAAGAAACAAGUAAUAGAACGUGAUGAAGUAGAACAUUCCUUAGAAGAAAAAAAUAUUCUAGCAAAAGUAAGACACCCAUUUUUAGUAAAUUUGUAUUGUUCAUUUCAAACACCUGCCAACCUUCAUUAUGUAAUCGAUUAUUGCCCUGGUGGUGAGUUGUAUUCUCUUAUGAAAAAAGAACAAACCAUUAAUGAAAAAAGAACAAAGUUUUAUGCCACUCAAAUAAUACUUGCUUUAGAACAUUUACAUAAUCAAGGUAUUAUCUAUAGAGAUGUUAAGCCUGAGAAUAUUUUGAUUUGUGCUGAUGGGUAUAUUCGUUUAACAGAUUUUGGAUUGAGUAAAAUGGGUAUUUCUGAUAACUCAACAACAGCAACAUUUUGUGGUACUCCAGAAUAUCUUGCUCCUGAAGUUAUACAAAACGUUGCAUACACAAAUGCAGUUGACUGGUGGGGAUUAGGUAUUUUAAUUUAUGAAAUGUUAUAUGGAACAGUACCAUUUUAUGAUGAAAACAUUCAAAGACUAUAUCAUAACAUCUUGUACAACCAACUUACAUUCUCAGAACAGACAGAAAUUUCUUUGGAAUGUCACGACAUAAUUUCUCAAUUAUUAAAGAAAAAUCCUAUUGAACGUCUUCAUGAUGCAGAGGCAAUUAAAGCCCAUCCCUGGCUUCACGACAUUCAUUGGGAUAAUUUAUUUGCUAAAAAAAUACUUCCAGAUUAUAUUCCACAACUAUCUUCAUCUACAGACUUACGUUAUUUCUAUAAAGAGAUUACUGAAGAGUCACUUUCAUUAGGAGGUGAAGAUGUACCAAAUGAGUUAUUUACAAAUUUUACUUACUCCACAACACAAAACUAA